AGAACUGACAUCGUGACUAAGAACUAGCACUUACAGUCCUUUUUAUUAUCUUUCAUAGGUUUCAAACUUGUUAGUUAUCAAGGAAAGAGGUGAAAUACUGUUAAGACAUGGCAGCUGCAGAAGCAAAAUCCUCAGAUUCCUUACAGGAUGACUUGAAAUGUCCUGUAUGCCUUGGCCUCUUCACCGAUGCAAUUAUGCUGCCUACCUGCGGGCAUACAUUCUGCAGGAGAUGCCUCAGGGAAUAUUUGCAGUCAUACCGACAUCUUGGUCACAUGGUGUGCCCUGUCUGUAGAAAAAUCACCAAGUUUACUCCUGCGAAAGGCGUUGAUGAUUUCCCCGCUAACGUGACGGUCAACAAAAUCGUAGACAACUACCGCCAGGACCAUGGCUGCAAGACUGAAACACGUCCAAAGUGCACUGCUUGCAGACGGCAAAGGGAUGCCGAGUCCUUCUGCAAAACCUGCGAUAAGUACCUGUGUAAGAGGUGUCUAACUAGUCAUCAACAGAUGUCUGUCAUGUUCGAAGGUCAUGAGAUUGUAUCCAUUGAGGAAACCAAGGGCCUGAAGGGAAAGGUUAGUAUUGGUAAUUCAUCCUAGAAUUACUGCAUCCAUAAAGAAAAUGAAAAUAAUUUUGUCAGGAUUGUUAGGUCAAAGUUUCUACUCGUGCACUGAU